CGUUGUCACCACCAUUCAUCAGUCUCAUCACAAAAUGCCGAGAAAACCAAGAAGAAGUCAAGCAAAUGGAGCAGAAGUAAAAGCUGCUCCAGUGAAUGCAGAUGAUACCACAAAUAUUGAAACAGCGGCACCUUCAGCCAAUGUUCAAAGAUAUAAAGAUUCUCGAAGAAGGCUAUCACAUCAAUCCGGACAACAUAACACAAUCACCACAGGAGGAUCGGGUUUGUUUGUUGGACCGGAAGAUACUGAUGCUUUGCAAGAUGAGCAAGCAAACGUUCAAGAUCUAGAUGAACCUACUUUAGGACAAAGAUUAAGAGGAAUACGAUCAAGUGCAGGAACAUCGUCAAAAGGGAUCGGAUCUUCUUCCAAUGGAAUUACUGGAUUAAAUGGAUCGAAUACUUUGGCUGCAGACGAUGAUGACGAGGACCAAGAAGAGGACGAAGAUGGAGAAGGAAAUCCUAUCACACGCGUACCUUUACCUGAAGGAUCACUAUCUUUGGGAGAGACAUUGACACAAGCUUUGCAUUCAAAUGAUUCUGCUAUGUUAUCCGGAUGCUUAGCUCAUUCGGAUCCCACUGUGAUCAGAUUGAGUGUUGUACGAUUAAGUGGGCCAUUGGCAGUACGGUUAUUGGAACACUGUAUCGAAUUGAUGGCAAGAGGAGGAAAAAAGAGUGUUGGACAAUUGAGCAGUGCUCGUGCUCGUGGAAUCAUUGAAUGGGUUCGUGCAACGUUGACUGCUCAUACGGCAUACUUGAUGUCUUUGCCUACACUUGUUCAACGUUUGGCACAACUGCACUCUACACUCACAUCUAGACUAGCAUCGCAAGAACGCUUGUUAGCCUUGAAUGGAAGGCUGGAAUUGGUGCUAAGUCAGAUUGAAUUGCGUAACGCAUAUGCUCAACAGAAACAGGCAAGAGUUGGAAGUGGUGGUGCUGGUGGUGGAAGAAAGAGAGGGAAGAAGGGAACUGCAACGCAAAAACAGAAUGGUGUUAAGCAGUGGGUCGAAGGAUCCUCCGACGAAGAAGACGACGAAGAGGAAGAUGAAGAGAUGGAUGUGGACGAUGAAGCCGAUGUUCCGAUCCAAGCAGAAGAGGAAGGUGUCGUUCAGGAUAUUGCACUCGGUGGAGCUGGUGCUCAUCGCAAAGCCAGUAAGGUCAAACGUGUAGAAGCAGAGUCCGAAAGUGAAUCUGACGCUCAGGACGAUGACGAAGAGGAGGAAGAUGACGAAGAAGAUGAUGAUGAAGAUGAUGAGGAGGAGGACGAUGACGACGAUGAAGAUGAAAAUGGUCUACUGGACCUCGAAGCGGAAGAGUCUUCCGAUGAAGGAUCAUACGAUUCCGAAGAGGAAGACGAUGAUGACGAAUGAUCACAUGUCCCAUUCUUGCAUUGUACAGCCGCAUUUGCAUUAAUUUAAUGCAACGACCAAUGAUUGCUCACUCAUCGCAUACCGUAAGAGUUUUUUCGUCAGCAGUGCCUUGAUCAAAGUCUGCCUUUUAUUUAGUGUCUAGAAGUCUAUAGUUCUAAUUACCGCUUCCGAUUGAUCGUAUGAGCCCCUUUUCACAACGGACCAAUCUUACAUUUAAAGCACAUCGGGGCCAGAUCAUUGUGUAUGCACAAAAUGAAGGAUGUCAAGGCAGAAAGAAGCGACCCUUAUAUUCAAAUUUGCUUUUCCGGGGCAUGUAC